AUGAAGCGUCUACAGCUUCAGUCGAAGCGCAGAGCUUCGAUCUCGUCCGCGUCUAGUCCUGCGAAGCGCACACGAUCCGUCUCGAUCUCGGUCAAGGUCAGCCAUGAACCCACGCCCCUGGAGCCCCUCAAGACACCAAAAGUCCCUGCUGCUCCAAAGAACACGCAAGCCUGCCUUGGCGGUGUACCUGAAGAGCUUCUCUUGAAUAUACUGCAAAAGUUGGAUGGUAGCCCUGGUACCCUGGCGAAGCUGUGUCGGACAGAUCGGCGUUGUAAGCGUGUCGCAGAAGAAGUGUUGUACAACAAGGUUGCUGCUUUUGAUCACAAAAAAGCGCGGGCGAUUGCUGCUGCUCCUCGACUGGCCCUGCAUGUUCGUUCUUGCAAUGCCAACUUCUUCGAUGGCUUCUACCAUUCGCCGCAUCCAAAAGGCAGGUUCACUCAGGUCAUCGCAAAUGCGGUCAAUAUCCACAGCCUGCGUGUGUACGACUCCACCGAUGGGCCCGGAGAACAUAUUCAUCAGAAGAUAGGCUGGCUGUCUCUGUUCCAUUCCGCAACUUGUCAGUCUGGCAACAGUCGCGUGAACCAAUUCGCCCAUCUCAGCGAUCUAAAGAUCGAGGGUAACCAUCUUUCGGUCGAGAACAUAGCAUCCGUGUUUCGCCUACCGUCUCUGAAGGUUUUAGAGCUCAAACGUAUUCACCAGACAACGCCGUUUGCGAACUGGAGCAUCCCCGACUCGAGUUGUUCGAUCCAGUCUCUCAGGCUUAUCGACACAAUGAUGGACGUUACGGCUGUUACACACGUCAUCUCCGCCAUGAAAGCUCUUCGGAAUUUCACGUACCUUCGCGAUACUUGUAUGUGGGAACCUUUUGGUAGCGAGCAUUCCGCACUAUCCAUGUGGCCAUCCCACUCGUGGCAAAUCAUAGGAGAUGCGCUGAGGAAGCACCGGGAUUCUCUUGAGACAGUGCAGGCUCGAGACUCAUCUGAUAAGGAAAUUAUCGACAUUGUGUACCCUGAAGGCGACAAAUUUGGUACUUUUGGCUCUUUCCAGGGCUUUUCCAAACUGAAACAUUGCGGUGGGCCGAUUGAAGCGUUCCUCGAUGUUGCAGCCGGCGAAGACGACCUCUCGAUGUACCUCCCGCCAACUUUGAGCACGUCGUGCAUAACGAUCUCGACGGACAACAGUGCCCUUUGGACAUAUUGUCUCUCUGCAUUAGCUUCUUUGAGAGAUGUUGUUCGCGAUAGUACACGGAAAGAAGUCAAACUGAUUUGGGACGGUGCUCUGCCAACCUCUACGCUUUCACUAUCUAAUCCGUUGGAAAUACUGGAACAGACCGGGAUAGAGCUGAGGCUGAAUAUAAAUUCGACGAGGCUGACUGUGGAAGAAUUGAAAGAGCUCGAGGCUGAUGGCAAAGAGAAGAAUUCCCAGGCAGGGUCCAACUACGACCAGGAUGAAGACUCUGAGGCGAGCGACAGCGAAUACACAGAUGUUGAACUAUCCGAGGAAGACAACGAAUGA